AUGGAAAAAUGUAAAACUAGAUCAAAAUCAGCGGUAUACUGGAUUGGAAUGUACAAAGACAUCGAAAAGACUGUCAGCAUGUCAAACAUGCCAGAAAUACCAGAAAUCCCAGCAGAAAGAAAAGAUAAUCCCAACACAGAUGCCACCCCGACCUUGGCACACUGUAGGAGCAGAUUUUUCACAUACAAUCAGCAAUGGUACUUGAUCGUAGCCGACUACUAUUCAAAGUUUCCAUUCAUAAGAAAGCUGAAAGAUCUGAGAUCUGCUACAAUCACUGCAAUUACAAAAUUACUAUUUGCAGAGCAGGGAAUACCUGAAAAUUUCAUAUGCGACAAUGGAUCUCAAAUCACUUCAAAUGAAUUUAGACGUUUUGCAGAUGAAUAUGGAUUUGAAAUUGUAACAUCGUCACCACAUUACCCGAGAGGACAUGGAUUCAUCGAGAGACAUGUUCAGGCGAUAAAGAAAACCCUUAUAAAAUGUAAAGAAACUGGUGAUGAUCCAAACUUACCCCUUCUAGCAAUCAGAACAACACCAAUCAAAGAUAACUCAAAGUCACCUGCUGAGUUAUUAAAUGGAAGGAAGUAUAAGACAACCUUACCAAGCAAAAUACAUGCUUCACCAGACCAUGAAGAAUCUCAACAAACAUGGAAUAGAAAUAUGGAGAGAGUGAACAAGUAUUACAAGAAACAUGCAAACUACCAGAACUCCUAUGAAGGCAGAAUAUUCAUGUUCAAGUUCCUUUGCGCAAGACAUGGAACCAAGGACGAGUAA